AUGAACGACCACCACCACCGUCAGCAGCAGCAGCAGCAGCGCAGCGGAGGAAGUACUCACGGUCCGCAGGAGCAGCAGCAGCAGCAACGCACAGUCGGCAGGGGUUUCGCGGUGGCCGCCGAACAGCCGCAGGAGCAUCAGCAGCGACCAGCACUUGCAGCCGAGGAGGACGAGGAGCAGCAAGGCGAGGAACGGCAGCUAGCGGCUCCGCACGCCCAUCGUUCUCGCCCGGCUGUGGCCGAACGGGAGAAGGAGGAACGGGAGGGCGACGACGGUCGUCGUCCUGCUGCUGCUGUCGCCACCCCCACAGCUAGUCGUCGCCGGUCGCGCGCCGUCCUCGUGCCAGCUGCCGGCGGAAGUGGGGGCCGAAGCGGAGAAGGCGGUAGUGAGGAAGGUGCCGGCAGUAGUAGUAGUAGUAGUGUCGGAGGAUCGAAGCGUCGCAGCACCAGAGCGUCCGCAGCGCAGCGUCACAGCAGUAGCGUCACAGCAGCGGCGGCUCCCGUGGACAGUGGUGAGGCAGUGCACCGUCAGCCCGACGAUACUGGCACGGUGAGCCGGCCAGCACGCUCGUCGUCCUCAGCUCCAGCCACUUCGAGCUCGUCCGGCGGCGCUGCGCCGACGUCGUUGCUGCGUCAGCACGGCUCGGGUGCAACAAAGACUCGGUGCAUCGCGCAGCCGGCGACCAAGGCGACGACGACGACGACGACGAAGAAGACGGGGAGAAACCGGCGACAGAACAGCACGGUGCAGUAG